AUGAGAGACUCAAAACAUAUACUCAAACUCCUAGCUGAUCUUAAGUGGGAAUCCCAUUACAGCUGGAUUUCGGUGGACGUUGUCUCUUUAUAUUCCACUAUCCCCCACCCAAAAGGUGCCAGGAAAAUGCCGUGGACUCAGUUACUGCUGACUGUUCUGAUAAUAGGUUCUGUUACAGCUGAUCAGAUCUUUCCAAAAGCUGGUAACAUUGCCCCUGAUAUUACUACACCUGAUACCAUAGAGCUAUAUGAAGAUUUUCCAGUGGGGAAAGAAAUACUCUACAUUACAGCUAAUGAUCCGGAAAAUGACACACUCACCUAUGGUAUAGAGGGGGAUGACGCUUUUCACUUUAAAGUAAAUCCCAACACGGGUGAGCUGCAGCUUGCUUUUCCUUUGGAUUAUGAGCUCAAAGACGUUCUUAUAGUUACCCUCACUGUUAAGGACCCGUACAAUAGACCAGCGAACAAGCUUCUUCUUGUAAUAGUGAAAGACUGCAAUGAUAAUGACCCCUUUUUCCAAAAUACCCCUUAUAAGGCUGAAAUCCGUGAGGACAUGGCAGUGGGAUCCAUAGUCUGUAUUGUGACUGCAAUAGACUUUGAUGCAAACAGAUUAUUGCCAGUGGAGUAUGCUAUUGAUGAGGUCAUACCAACUAAUUCAGAGACCCUACAUCUCUUUUACAUCUUAUCUAAUGGCAGCAUAGUCCUCAAUGGCAGCUUGAACUAUAAUACAAAGAGCACGUUCUACCAGUUGAAGAUUCGAGCUACGGAUGCUGAAGGAAUAUUCAACAAUUCCCUGAUUAGGCGAAAUGCUACUGCUUAUGUAUCGCUGGAUAUUGAGGAUCUGCCAGAUUUAAACCCACAGUUUCUUAAGGAACUAUACUCUAUAAGCAUUCAAGAGAAUACACCUGUGGGAACCUCAGUCAUUCAAGUUUCUGCCAUUGAUGGUGAUAAAGGAAUUAAUGAUGUUAUCACAUAUUCCAUUAAGGAAUCUUCUGAGCCUAAUCUUUUUAACAUAAGCAGUACUACAGGAGAAAUCUAUGUAUAUGGAAAUAUUGACCUAGAGGCCUUGAAGCAGGAAGAUGGACAGAUUGAAUUAAAGGUGGAGGCACGGGAAAAUGAGUUAAAUAUAAAAGGAGAGAACGCAACAAGCACCGCAUCUGUUACUAUACGAGUGCUGGAUGUCAAUGACAAUAAGCCACAGUUUUACAGUUGUGAGAUGCCAAAUUGUGACUUUAAGAUAUUAUCUCCUACAUCACACUUUGUUGGGGAGAUAGAAGAACAUUCCUCUGUUCGUGUACCUGUGUCCAAUCUGACCAUCGCUACAAAUGAUCCCGAUAAGGAUGUGAAUGGAGUCUUCUAUCUGUCCCUGCAAGGCCCUGACGCUAAUUACUUCACUGUGUCCCCUAGUCGAGUACUGAAUACAGCAUCUGUGCAGAUUCUGGUCAGAGAUUCGUCUGCUAUAGACUAUGAGAAGACACCAGUAAUGCACAUUGAGAUUUUGGCAAAUGACACUGGCUUACACACAGACUGCUGCUCGAUUGCUACAGUGACUAUCAACCUCAUAAAUAUCAAUGAUGAAACUCCUAUAUUUAACGAGACAUCUUAUAAGCUGACAGUGUUGGAAAACUGUCCUAAUGGCACCUCCUUGGGAAUUAUCACGGCAACGGAUAAGGAUGCUGGAGAGUUUGGCAUAGUUACUUAUCGGCUGCUUCCAGAAUCCAUACAUAACACUUUUCAAGUGAAUAAAACCACCGGGGAGGUAAUUGUGGUCAAUGGAGGGCUUUUGGACAGAGAGCGUCAAUCUUCUUAUUAUGCAACUCUUCAAGCUCAGGAUAUUAUGAAUGCAACAGGGACCACGCUCUUAGAAAUACAAGUAUUGGAUGUUAAUGAUGAAACCCCUAAAGUGACAGGUCAAUACUUUAUAUUUGUUGAGGAGAACACUGGAGAUGUUAAUAUCAAAAUUGAGGCAUUUGAUGCUGAUGAGCCAAACACUAAUAAUAGCCGUAUUCAGUUCCGCCUUUUGCCUGGAGAUUUAAGUAGUAAUUUUACAGUUAACGAAUCCACUGGAGUUAUCACUAACAUUGCUCCUCUAGACCGAGAAGCCAUCAAUGAACACAGCAGAGGACGCAUUAUUCUCACAGUAGAGCUAUAUGAUCUGGGAAAUCCUUCUUUAAGCUCUGAAGUUAACAUUACCAUCAAUGUUGAGGAUUUGAAUGAUAAUGAACCAGUUUUCAACCAAUCUGUGUAUUAUUUUUCUGUCACUGAGAGCACAAAGGGAGCAUAUGUUGGUAGCUUGCAGGCCACUGAUGGAGAUCAAACUGAAGUAAACAAUCGUGUCAGUUUCAGAGUUGCCCAGGGGGGAUCAGGAAACUUUCUUAUUCGAUCCCGGCAACUGCAAGUGGGAACAGGUCAAUACAUAGGAGAGCUCUCUCUUGAUCCUGAAGUGGAAUUGGAUUAUGAGCAACAGAAAAGCUUUACUCUGAUUAUUGAUGCUCAGGAUAAUGGACUUCAGGGGGUUACCCACAUAACAAGUGCCACGGCCAUUGUUCAAGUGUUGGACUUAAAUGACGAGCCCCCUUAUUUUGUCCCUUCUUCUCUGAAAGACUUAUACCUUCUUGAGAAUAGCACUGCUGAUGUGCAGUUACUAACCACUCUGCAGGCAAAUGACCCUGAUACUGAUCACGAUCUAGAAUUCCAGCAGCUGCAUGUGCAGUGCUUCAAGAAUGAGGAUGAUGUGGGAAACAUAUGUGAGGACUGGCUGUGGUUGGCUUCCAAUGGUGAACUUUUUGUAAAUAACAGCAAGGAUGUUGAUUAUGAGCUUUGCGAUCUGGUGGUAAUGUUACUGCGUGUGGAGGACAAGCUGACACUACUUGGGGACAGAUACAGCAAGAACGUAACCCAGCGUGUGGUGAUUGAAGACAUUAAUGACCAUGCUCCAGAGUUCUCAGAUAUAGGCGAGGCAUUUGUGGUUGUGCCUGAUAUUGCUCCAAUUGAUUACCAGGUGGCUAUUGUCAAGGCCUCUGAUAAAGACCGUGGGCAAAAUGCUGUUCUGACCUUUUCUAUUGCUUCUGUUGUAUUCAUUCUGUCUAAUGGAGAAGGUAUACGUCCACUCUCUCCCAACAUCUUCAAAAUCAUUACAUCUGCUGAGAAGGAUUUCUACCUGGGCAGCGUCAGGGUUGCUAGUUCCUUGGAUGUUUCUCUGAAGGGUCAAUAUCAAGUUACUGUGAUUGCAGAAGAUUUGGGAUCACCUUCUCUUACAUCUAACCAUGUUUUGGAUAUCUUUGCUAUAGAUGUGUCUUACCGGGUGAGUUUGUAUUUCGCUAUUACGGCAGAUGAGGUGCGUGAUAAUUCAGAUGAGAUCAAAAGGGCACUGAUUUUGGCAACUAAAGCGACAGUUUAUAUCUCAGCAAUUGAUGAUGCAGAAACUGCAAGAAAUGUUGAACCCCGAGCUACAGCUAAAAGCAUUAUGUCUGUAUACUUUGUGUACAGCAACGGCACAGCUAUAACACCAGAUGAGCUGAGCAGGAUAAUUCAGAGUAACCAAGAAGCACUCACUGAAUUAGUAGGUCUUGGUCUGUAUAUUAUUGGUGGUUAUAAACCAACAGAUUCUACGAAAGAUGAUGUGCUAUAUGGAGUGAUUGCAGGUUUGGCUGGUGUCAUCAUUCUUAUUCUUCUGAUCUUGAUCAUAUCUCUGGUCUGUAUGAGAAAGAGUCACAAGAGGAAGCUGCGAGCUGUUAAAGCUCUGAAGAUGGCAAAGAAUGUGUCUACCGAAAUAGUGCAGGGAGGAGGGCCCAUACCUGGAACCAACAAGUUUAACUCAGAUGGACUACAAAAUAUUGAUGAAGAUCCUGGCCAAUCGGUUAAAGGGGAUUCUCCCCUCACUGAUUCACACCGAUUCACACUGAUCAAUCAGGUUUUGUCCAAGGCAGAUCUUCUGUAG